CAGAAGUGUGUCUUGAAUCGCCGGAAACGGGAACGGUGUUACAUCACACGUUGCCGCCACACAUGUUAACGAUUGCACCCGCGAACGAUCGUUGUCAUAAGAACGGCUGGCUGAAAUUGGGAAAGCCAAUAUUCGCAAAAGCGACAGAUGGACGCCUAAUAAUAACAUCGAGAUUUUCGCAAUAAAUAAAAAUAAAAUGAGCAACAGCGAUACUGUCGAGAAGAGUGACGAGAAAACGGAUCCGGGCGCUAUCAGACACGGGAACUUCAUGAAUUAUUACCAAUUCCAUCCUGCGGAAGAGCGCGUGCGGCAACUUCCGCGUGGCGUGUGGCAGCGGCAACGGGUCGUCCAUCCGGCCCGGAAAUACGCGGGUCUAGACGUCGGCUGUAACGCCGGGGAUCUCACAUACAUUCUACGUGAUUUCCUCGACGAGGUUAUGUCGCAAGAUCGGCCUGAGCUCUCUUUAAUCGGCGUGGAUCUUGACCCGAUCCUGAUCGAGAAAGCGCGCGAGCGUAAUCCGCACCCAGAUUGCGUGACUUUCGAGUGUCUGGACUUUUUGUCUGAGGAUUGCGGCGAGAUACUGAGGAGAUAUUUGACGCAGCUCAAUAAAACGCGAUUCGAUGUGGUAUUCUGCUUCUCGAUCACUAUGUGGAUUCAUCUGAAUCACGGCGACGACGGUCUAGAGAAAUUUCUGCGAAAGGUCUGCGAGCUGGCGGAAAUAAUCGUCGUUGAGCCGCAGCCUUGGAGAUGCUACAAAAACGCUUCGAGACGACUGCGAAGAGCGAAAUUGGAGGACUUUCCGCUGCUAAAGGAACUGAAAUACACCAGAAAUCCGAUGAAACACAUAGAAGAUAUUUUGAGGAGACUAUGCGAUUUUCAAAGAGUCACUGUCACUGCGGGCAACGAAUGGGGGCGUAUGCUUUUAAUUUAUGAAAGAAAACAGAAAUCGUAA